AUGUACCCAGCACGACUUCUCUCACUGUGUCAUGUGUGUUAUAAACAUUUUAAAUUGAGGCAGGAUGGUACUCUCGUUAGACAUGGUGGAAAAGUGAAUGGCUCGGAAUGUCCGGGAUCUUCGAAGCACCCACCUUCGAGCAGGAAACGAAGGUUGCUAUUUAUUCCCCGCUUGAUUCUCCGAAAGGAGCAUCGAGGGGGUGGACGAAACAACAUCAGCGCAAAAAUUAAUAGCAGAUUAGAUGCCUUUGGAGGGGGCUCAUUGGAAGAGUUGAUGAAAUCUGUCGAACCAAUUGUAAAGGAGCAAGAUGAAAGGGUUCGUAAACCAAAGCUAAGUGCUUUAGUCAAAUGCAAAAUAGAACAGGGAAACGUUAGAAAUGCUAUGAGGAUUUUAGCAUCGACGGAUACGAUGGCUCCGGAUUCGGCAGACACUAUCAACUCCUUAAAGGACAAGCAUCCUCCCGCUUUGUUAGACAGAAAACCAAGUCCCAAUAAAGAAUCGAUAAGCGUUACUGUUAAUCCCCAACAAAUUAUGUUGUGCUUGAGGCAGUUUCCAAAAGGAACGACAGGAGGUAGAGAUGGUCUAACUCCACAGCAAAUAAGUGAUUUAACACAUGAUAAGAUAGAAACAGCAGAAAUCAGUGCCAUGACCGGUUUUAUCAAUCUGCUGUUGGGCGGCGUUUUUCCACCCGAGGUAGUUCCAUACUUGUUUGGCGGGAGAUUGGUGGCCUUAAUUGAGAUGAAUGACCUAGAAUUUUUGGGUUCGAUAGUUUUUAGAGGAAAACGCCAUGAUAAUUUUUGGGCUAAAAAGCUGGAGGAUUUUAAACAUAUUAUGUCAAUGAUGACGGAGAUUGGCAAGCAUGACGCCCUUGUCCUGUUGACGCAGGCGGCAUUCAUUUCAAGGCUGUCAUACUUUUUACGUACCUCUCCUGGCCUGUCUCAACAAACGUCAGAUGAAUUUAACAACGAACUGCGCAUGGGUUUUCAGACUAUAUUUAAUGUGUUUUUUGAUGAUAAAGGUUGGAGGCAGGCUAUAUUGCCGGUAAAUAUGAGUGGACUGAGUUUGGGUGUCGUGGCCGAGCUGGCACCAUCAGCAUUUUUGUCAUCGGCCGCGGCCACGGCAGCCCUCCAGGAAAAGAUCUUACCAAUGGAUGUAGCAUACCAGGAUGAUUUGAGACUUGAAACAUUUCGAAGCUGGUGCACGGUUUACGGGGAUAUAAUGGACAUAAAUCAAUCUGAUAGCAAUUUCAGGCCAGAUGGCUACACCCUGGUACCGUGGUCUCAAGGUUGCUGUUUAUCAUGGGAUGUGACGUUCCCUCACACGUUAGCCGAAAGGUACAUCAAUUACACGGCUAUUGAGCAAGGUUCCGCUGCCGUGAAGGCUGCUGAAUUAAAGAAUACUAAGUACAAAGAUCUAAACGACAAUACGAGUUUUCGUUCCGAUCUGCGUGGAGACAUUUGGCCCAGUUGA